CCAGCUCCGUCAUGCAGGGCCCUGCGGGGAACGCGAGCCGCGGAGUGCCGGGCGCACCGCCCGCCACCGUCGCGUCCGGGGAGGGCCGCUGCGAGAGCGGCGCGCUCAUGCACAGUUUCGGCAUCUUCCUGCAGGGGCUGCUGGGCGUCGUGGCCUUCAGCACGUUAAUGCUCAAACGCUUCCGAGAACCAAAGCAUGAAAGACGUCCAUGGAGGAUAUGGUUUUUAGACACUUCCAAACAAGCCAUAGGAAUGCUGUUCAUCCACUUUGCCAAUGUGUACCUAGCAGAUCUCACCGAAGAGGACCCUUGUUCACUGUACCUCAUCAACUUCCUCCUGGAUGCCACCGUGGGCAUGCUGCUCAUCUACGUGGGUGUGCGUGCCGUCAGUGUCCUGGUGGAGUGGCAGCAGUGGGAGUCCCUGCGUUUUGGCGAAUAUGGAGAUACUCUGCAGUGUGGAGCCUGGGUCGGAGCCUGGGUCGGGCAGUGUGCUCUUUACAUCGUGAUCAUGAUUUUUGAAAAAUCUGUCGUCUUCAUCAUCCUCCUAAUUCUUCAGUGGAAAAAGGUGUCCCUGCUGAAUCCCAUUGAAAACCCAGACCUGAAACUGGCCAUCGUCAUGCUGAUCGUCCCCUUCUUUGUCAAUGCUUUCAUGUUUUGGGUAGUGGACAACUUCCUCAUGAGGAAGGGGCGGACGAAAGCUAAACUGGAAGAAAGGGGAGGCAGCCAGGACUCGAGGAACGGGAGCAAGGUCCGCUACCGAAGGGCCGCUUCUCAUGAGGAGUCCGAGUCCGAGAUCCUGAUCUCGGCCGAUGACGAGAUGGAGGAGUCCGACGUGGAGGAAGACCUCCGCAGACUGAGCCCCCUGAAGCCUGCAAAGAAAAAGAAGCACCGCUUCGGGCUGCCUGUGUGACACUGUCCUGUGUGGGGGUCAGGUUUGGGGGCCCAGCCUGCUGCUCUGCAGUGUCAUUCCUUCCCUCCUCUCUCUGCCCCCCUCUUCUACCUCCAUCCUCUCGCUGUCUCUGCCCACUCCCGGAUGACUGUGACUUGAGAGAGGGAGGAAGAGCCAGCGCCGAGCGGGCUGCGGCAGUUGGAGGUCCCCACUCAGUUGCACUACAAACACUGACCAAAUAUGCAAGCAAGGCGUUUUCUUCAUUUGUUGUCGUCCCGACGGUGUUGUGAGGGGUCCAGAAGCCCUUUCCUGUGUUUGGCUGGGUGGCAUUGAGGAAAAAGCUCUCCCCAGGGCUUGGGGAAUGAAGACAUAACAUGGGGCUAAAAGUCACUCAUUGACCAAGUUGGAACCGCAAUGCUUUCUUACUCGAAAUGGCUUUUGUAACUUGAUUUCUAAAGCUGGUUUUAUGGACUGUCACAGUGUUAAUGUUUUUGAGUAUGUGUUUAUUUCCUAUGGGACUAAUGGGCAAAACACAGAUUUUUAAGUCUUCCGUAUGCUGUUGACUUUUAUAUUUUUAAGUUAUAUUUUCAUACUAUUGUAUUUAAAAACUCUUUUUAAUCCCCAAAGAAAUGGGUUUGUUUGCCUUUCAUGGGAUGUGAACUGGUGGGAGGAAAAAGUCGAGAGUUUUUAUUUGGAAUAUUGUUAGGUAAUCUGUGAUAGGAUGGGGUAGCAAACCUAGUAGGAAGGGAGAUGGGUCCUUAUCUGAAGUCAGCAAACCCAGUGGUUCCGCAAAGGUCAGGCCCGAGCAGGAGGCAGCUGGUCCAAACUUGGAUCCGGUGCCCUGUGCGUACCAGGGCCCAGCAGCUCCUUGGCAUUUCUGCUGGCAGGGUAGAGGUCUUAGUUAAAUGUGACCAAGAUAAGAGGCUAAGAGUUCUAUGUGUCCAGAGAAAUUGAGACCACAAGCCCACUCCUGUUUGUUCCUUGCCUUUUUGCAGAGCCUCCAGGUCUGCAGUUUAACAUUUUGUCUCCACCUCCUUGGCUUCCACUGGUGGUGCAGCCUCAGAACCUCUGGACCCUGCUACAGGUCAGGCUGCCCGGGCCUGUUAUCUUGUCUAUUGAUUUUGCACCAGAGUCUGGAGAGUGCCUCUUGGACCAAGUGAUCCUGUUUUUCGCGUGCUCGAGGGCAGUGGGGUGGCUGCACCCACAGGCAGGACAAGGUGCUUCUAAACUGUGUCCUCGCCUUGGGGAGUGGCCCCCACUCAGCCUGGGCACAGACCCUUAUGGUUUUGGGAGUCUGCUGACUGCGGAUGGGCUGACCCGGGCACUUGCCCUGCUGUGGAAGCAGCAAGGUGGAACAGCCAGUGAUUUGUCACAGCCAGAGGCAGCCAUGGAAGUUUAGGAACAGAAUACUGCAUUGCUAAGGUGUGAGCUGGAAAGGAGACAGGUGCAGGGAGGCCACACCACCCAGAACCUUCUCUGUAGACCUACAUAAAAACAUGUUUCACUUAGGAAGAUUGGGUCUGAAUUUGGCAUGUGAGCCAAGCUGUUAAACCAGGCAUCCUGGGCCUGUCCCCUGCCUCUCGCCCAUCUUCUCUAGGAGUCCCCAAGCCAGAGGGCUGAGGGGAGCCGGGGCCUAUGACUGCAGCAGGAGGUGACUCUGCCCUGUGGGCAUCUCCGCUGGAGAGAAGAGGUGAGGUGGGUGGUGCCUCAUGUAAGAUUGGAGUCCAUCUCUUGUCUUACAUCACUUCUGCUCUCAUUUUACGCCCCUCUCCCCCUCUCAUCCCCUGGCUGUGUCAGUGGGUGUCUCCCCACUAGAAUUGGCAUUUGGGAAGACCGGGACUGAUGUUCCUGCUAGACAGCAGUCCCUCGUGGCAUCGCUGACUCCUUACUUUUUGCUCCUGUUUCAUUUUGAUUUAAUAGCCUGUGCCCAUUGCUGUUUCUUAUACCUUCCUGAGCUCAGAAUUGGAGCUUCAUUUUCAAUCUUGAGCUCCUAAUGUUUUCACACUGGAGAUGGAGUGGAAGAGCCAUAGUCUGUGAAAGAUGGAAACUGGGUCAUAUAGACUCAGGUGACCUGUCAUCUCAAGGCUCAUCCCAGCGCUACUGGGUAGUGGGUUUGGGGAACAAGAGGUUGUGAGUGAGUGGUGGUUUCUCCCUGUAUCCUGAUUUUCAGUAAGGGCUUUAGUCUCAGAGCUGCAGUUGUGGAGCUGGCUAACUAGGGGAUGGUGUCUGAUCAUAGAGGGCCUUGUGCUAUGUGGGCCUGGACAUCGUGGCCUCACGUGUUUGGCCUUAUCCCCUCCCCGAGUGUGUGCACGCACACGCACAAGAGUUUGUAUUCCCUGGGAAUGCGUACUGCGUCACGGGGGCCUUUUCUGUGAAGCAUGGAGCGUGGAGUGCUGCCCAGAGAGCACAGAUGCAAAGAGCCUAUCAGGACUUCCUCCCGAGCUGUCCUCCCUCCCUGGGCAAAUUUCUUCACCACCCUACUCCACGGUGCCUUACGAGGUGCAUCUCUUCACCCAGCCACAUGGCAAGCAUCACUGUGCUUGAGAAACCAUAGGACACCGACUGGAUAUUGUUCACUGUCCCUCUCAUUUGUCAAAAUCUGGAUUUUGGCCAAGCCAUCCACAGUGGGAACCUGCAAGUCAAGGUCAUGAACAAGUUUCUUGUAACUAAUGGAAAUAACCUGAUGAAGUAGAACCAUCAUAUCUGAAUGGAAGAGGUUAUUGUGGCCUUUGUUUCCUUUUGCUAUCAGUGGGAUAUAGACAAUGGUAAGGAGGGAUGUUGGUGAGAUCCUGCCUGGUAACUGGCUUCUUGGUCCGCUCAGCCUGGAGACCUGCAAGGUGAAGGGCUGUGGCCCAUCAGUUAGUCCUUGGGCAAACUGGCGGCCUCCUGUCUCAAGCUUUAACUUGUGCCCCUUCCUGGCAACAGGAAGUCCUGGAUUAACAUUGACCUGUGAUGCCUCUAAAGGGAAAAUAUAGAAAGGCUCAAAUCUAAGUUGUAUCUUCCCCUAGGCAGUAUAGGCCUAUAGGCCGCUGCCUGGAGUCCCCUCUGACGGUGACACAGGACUGCAGCCCACUCUGCUCUCCAGACUGCAGUUCACUAGCCUUUUGCAGCCAGGCCAACAUAGGUGGCACUGGGGACUUCCCAUCAGCCAGAACAGCCGCCUUGUAGGAUGUAAGGCUGGCUUUUAGAAGCUUCACACACUUCUGUCUAGGAGGGGAGAGCUCCCUGUUUUACCCUCUGAGACGCUGGCAACCUGAAGGGCUUUGUUCUUGGUGAGGGACUUCUGGCCUAACCAUUGUCAGCACCUUGGGCUCCUGGGUAGGUGGGCUGGUUUAAUUUGAUUUCUCUCUUCAUGAAGUUUACUAGAAGUCAGACCUAUGUGAGCAGACCGUGGCCUACAUCCACUGUCUGCCUGGCGGGGUGUUUAAUUGGUGGUGUUACAAUUCACAAAAACAAAUUUUUGAGAUGAAAGGGAAGAUGAUGUCCUUAUGCUGUAAAAUGGUUUACAAUAAAGUUUGACUUCUUACUAGA